UCAAUUGCGCGACGUCAUCCAUCCGGGUACCAGGCGCGCGUCCGUGAAGCCUCUCCUUCACCCAACAGAGACUCCGGGCCCCGGAACUGACUGCGGAACUGCUUCGUACACAAAUUAAAUUGAAAAAAAAAAAAAAUAUGCCAGAUGUCACGGUGUUUUUGUCAUGUUUGUUGUUUUUUAUUUCAAUUUUGCGUCCAGGGAUCGGGGCAGAAGUGUCCUUGUGGAAUGUCGACAUCAACUCAUCACAAAAUGCCGUCUUCAGGAAGACAUUGUACGCCAACACAACCAUCUUCAUGACAUUCCAGGGCGACUUGGCUCUAUGUGAUUCCACCCUGGCCUUCAACAUCAGUUGGUACCUCCGUUCCUCGAUCUGCUACAAUGAAGUCUUUAAUACUCCAGACAACAAGGCACUGACUAUGUUUGGUCUGGAUCACAUGCUGAAGGAGGACUGGAGUGGCUUCUACAGCCAGGGAUACAUGUACUUCGACAACUGCUCGACUCUUUUACUACCCAAGGUGUACUACACAGACUUCAGCCCCUAUCAACCCCUCGUCAGCCCACAGAGCGAGGAAGGCAGGCCUUCCAAUCAGAGUGCUCCGCAGGGGUGGCUGGAAAAGCCGGAUAUUGGUGCGGUGGCCAAGGCUUGGUCCGACAGCCCCUACCUGUUUAUAGUGAAGGUACAGCCGCAGCAGCGUGGAGAUGCCAGCGGGGGGCGCCCUGGAGCAGAGGAGGAGGAGCCUAAUGAUGUCCAGGGAAACUUGGCCUUUAUCAUGACCGUGGAGAUGAAGGGGCCUCGUGAAUACUCCUCCCCUGCAGACUGGCCUCUUAUGAUGUUCUACAUGGUGAUGUGUAUAGUGUAUGUGUUCUUCGGGGCGCUCUGGCUCUUCUGGUCGGCCUGUUACUGGAAAGAUCUGUUGAGGAUCCAGUUCUGGAUCGGAGGAGUGAUCAUCCUGGGCAUGCUGGAGAAGGCCGUCUUCUACUCCGAGUACCAGAGCAUCCGCUACAGAGGAGACUAUGUCCAAGGUGCUGUCAUCUUUGCCGAGUUGCUGUCUGCUCUGAAGAGAUCUCUGGCUCGCAUCCUGGUGCUCAUAGUCAGUCUGGGCUACGGCAUCGUCAAACCCAGGCUGGGCACCACAGUCCACCGGCUAGCAGCAGUAGGCCUGCUCUACCUGCUCUUCUCCUCCGUGGAGGGAGUGCUGCGCGUCACAGGAGGUUUCUAUGGGACCGUAGCCCUGGUGGCUAACCUGAGUCUCUCUCUCAUUGACUCCUGUGUGAUGUGGUGGAUCUUCAUAAGCUUGUCCCAGACCACUCGUCUUCUGAAGCUGCGUAGGAACGUGGUGAAGCUGUCUCUGUAUCAGCAUUUCACCAACACACUCAUCUUCUCUGUUCUGGCUUCUAUUAUCUUCAUCAUCUGGACGACCAAAGUGUUUAAGCUGGUCGACUGCCAGACGGGUUGGAGGGAUUUGUGGGUAGACGAUGCCUUCUGGCGCCUCCUCUUUUCCACCAUCCUCCUGGUCAUCAUGGUGUUGCUACGACCCUCCGCCAACAGCCAGAGGUUCUCCCAUUCCCCUCUGAUCGAUGAAGACGAUGAGGAGGAUGACGCCAAGGAACCCAUGCUGAAUGAAGCCUUUGAGGGGAUGAAGAUGAGAGGCACCAAGGCUGAGACUAAUGGAUCCCAGUCACAGAAACUACUCAGUAAAGAGGACGAAGACCUGAAAUGGGUUGAGGAGAACAUUCCCACGACUGUUGCUGAUGUAGCCCUCCCAGUAAUGCUUGACGAAGAGGAGGAAAUUCUGAAAACCAAGAUGGAGAGAUCCAAAAUGGAAUGACCGAGGGGAGGGGUUUCACUGAGGGGAGGGAGGGGUUUCACCGAGGGGAGGGGUUUCACCGAGGCAGCCAUUGAUGGAGUCAAAUGAAGUGAUCCAUCAGAUCCUAUAUUUAUGUACAACACUUUUAUGUUCCUUCAUUUUGAGCACCGCCAUGCAGCCGCUAAUAAACUCUAAGGCUUUGCCAAAUGGCCCCCUAUUCCCUCUGUAGUGCACUACUGUUGACCAGGGCCCAUAGGGUAGUGCCCUACUGUUGACCAGGGCCCAAAAGGUAGUGUACCCUAUGGGCCCUGGUCAACAGUAGUGCACUCCAUUUGGAAUGUCACUUGGCCCAGUGAGUCAGUCAGUCUGCCAUUGACACCUAUCUAUAAUAGUAUUGACACAGGGGCAGUCUGAUAAUUUGUCAGAUUUGCUAAAUGCAUUAUUAUGUGUCACUGUGAGGCUUUUUAUGUUAGUUUCUGCCACCACCUCCCAAGAUAAUUAAUUUGACACCCCUCCCUCCCCCUCCCCAACACUGACACAGUGCAAGUUAAACACAGCCUGUGAGGCCAGACUAGGCCCACUCACCCAGUAAUUUAUUCUACAGACAACAUAUGUUUUUGUAUUGUUAAAUUAUCCUGCAUUGCAUAUUUUUUGUUGUUUGUUUAGCAGGAAAUAAGGACAGCAUCUAAUGUACAGUAAAGUGGAUCUGUGUUGUAAUUUCUUUGUUACAUUAUUGUAUGCAUUUUUUGCUGUUUAUUCUGGGAUUAAAGUUUAUAUUAAAACCUUGUCACAAUGCAAAUUAAUACAAGA